GAUGGCGGCGCCGGCGGGGCAAAGCGCGCUGCGGCGGCUCUGCGGCGUCGCGCUCUUCGUGUCGCAGCUCUACGUCCUCUCCGGCCGCGCAGGAUCUUUGAUGGCCACGAAGCAUUCACAGCCACAGUCCACAUUUGCAAAAAGCCUGACUUCAACAAGCACAGACGCUCCCUACUUCAGGGCAGCAGAAAGUACAGAAAUUCCAGCUUAUGUGACUAAGUGUCCAAGCAAUGGACUUUGCAGUAGGUUGCCACCAGACUGCAUGAUAUGUAACACAAAUUAUUCCUGCAUAUAUGGGAAGCCAGCCACUUUUGAUUGCAGAGUCAAACCGCAUGUUCAUUGUGUUGAUCAGAAUAACCAUGAGCAGGAGAACUUUACGAUUAACAUGACGUGCCAGUUUUGCUGGCAGCUUCCAACAACUGACUACGUGUGCACCAAUUCUACAAACUGCAUGACGGUUUCCUGUCCCCGGCAGCGAUACAAUGCCACUUGUACAGUGCGGGACCACAUCCACUGUCUGGGUAACAGAGUCUUUCCAAAGAUGCUGUAUUGCAACUGGACUGGAGGAUAUAAGUGGUCUACUGCCCUGGCACUAAGCAUCACUCUGGGUGGAUUUGGAGCAGAUCGUUUCUAUCUGGGCCAGUGGAGGGAAGGUCUGGGAAAACUCUUCAGCUUUGGUGGACUUGGAAUAUGGACACUGAUUGAUGUGCUGCUAAUUGGCGUGGGCUACGUGGGACCUGCAGAUGGCUCUCUUUAUAUUUAAUGUAGUUGUAAUUUCCAAGAGGAGUAAUUGCUUGGAAAGGGCUCCCUAUAGAAGCGUGUAGGAGUCUGAGCCCUUAAGAUAGAAUAAAGAACAGUUGUUCUUUCUGUGUGGAUACAUUUUAACGUACAGUAUCUGUACUUAGUUUGCCUUUAAAUAAGGUAAAACAAAAGGGUGGAUCACUAAAUUGAAGUUAAUUUCCCUUCAUUUAUGGAUGUGCUGCUUUUCUGAGAAAGGUUGAUUACCAAUAUAUGUCAAUAAUGUUUUUUUUCCAUUGCGCACUUGCGGGAGGUUAAUUUAUUUGCCUGAGGGCACUGUGCUUGCUGAUCUUCAUUGCAUUCAUCUCUAGCUUUUGCUUCUGACUGGUUACUUAGAAAUGGGGCUACAAUUAGAUGGCUCUGAGGCUCAAAGCUAAAUGCAAAAUAACCGCAGUACCUUUGAGUUCCAGGAUGGCUUUGUUUCGGUUGGGUUUGACCUGUGUACGAGUGGAAAUACCUCGUUCUGUGCCAGCCAGCCAUCCUGCAGGUCGAUCUCCGAGCCGGAGGCGUGGCGGUGUGCCCGCAGCCUGGCCGCCCCUCCGGUCAGCCGGAGCUCCGAGGGGCGGUGGUCGGACGGUUGUUUCACUCAAUAAACUUGAUGUUGGAGCGGUA